AUGGAGGAUGUGGAAUGCAAUACAGGUGCAAUCUUCUUUGUGGAUGACCUAGGAGGAACUGGAAAGACAUAUUUAUAUCGUGCACUAUUGGCCUCAGUGAGAAGUCAAGGUCGAAUUGCCAUUACAACAGCAACUUCUGGAAUUGCAGCUACACUUUUACCUGGUGGAAGGACAGCCCAUUCAAGAUUCAAGAUCCCAUUAAAUCCAGAGGCUUCGUCCGUGUGUCCCAUUACUAAACAAUCAGAUAUGGAAAAACUGAUUAGAUGUGCAACAGUCAUCAUUUGGGAUGAAGCUACAAUGACAAAUCGUUAUGCUUUUGAAGCUUUGAAUCAAACACUCAUAGACAUCACUGGUGUUGAUUAUCCAUUUGGUGGCAAAAUUACGGUGUUUGGUGGUGAUUUUCGACAAGUACUUCCAGUUGUUCCUAAAGGUACAAAAGCUGAAACUGUUGCUGCAUCGAUAGUCAAAUCACCUUUCUCGAGUCACAUUCAAGUAAUUCGUUUAAAGCAAAACAUGCGCUCUAUAAAUGACCAACAAUUUUGUGAAUUUCUUUUAUCCGUUGGAGAUGGUGUACAACCUACCAUUAUAGAUGAAAUGAUCAAAGUACUAACAUCGAUGGCAAUACCAUAG